AUGGGUAAAGACACCGAGAGCACCAUCUAUAAUAUAGGGUAUCCUAUAUAUGGAGCGAAGUUUUUGAACGACUCCACUCUUUUGGUUGCUGGUGGGGGAGGAGAAGGGAACAACGGUAUCCCCAACAAGAUAUCUGCCCUAAAGAUCGACUUCACGAAGAAAAAAAUAGUCAAGAGGUUCCGAGAAUUGAGUCUAGAUGAUAAGGACGAUUCUCCAACAACACUAGAUUGUUCUAAUAAUGUUAUCUUGGUUGGGUGCAACGAGGGCUCGGAAAAAAUCAAGUCUGGUCAGGGAAAUAAUCACUUGAGAAAGUAUGUGUACCACAACGAACAUUUGAAGUUUGUUGCCAGCAUUGAUCUUGAUGGAUCUACAAAACCUGAAGAUUAUACGAAAUUGACAUGUAUAUCAUCUGAUGCUUCUGUGGCUGCGAUUGCUUCUUCUAAGGUGCCUACAAUCAUCAGAAUCGUCAAUCCAGCAAAUUUGAGAGAAACCUACGAGGUCGAAACAGGGAACGACGUCAAGGAUUUACAUUUUUCGCCAGACGGAAAAGUUUUGAGCUAUAUCACUGCUUCAACAUUGGAAGUUAUGUCAGUUGUUACGGGAAAUUUCAUUGUGCGGAAAACUGACUUUGACUCUAACUGGACCAUGUCCAAAAUCAGAUUCAUCGACCAGGAUAACGUCAUAAUUGCGGCCACAUUGACUAAGGGUACCGGCAUUGUUCUAAUUAAGGUAUCAUUGAAAAGUGGUGUUGCAAAGGUUGUUAAAUCGAAACUUAUCACCAACAAGUUUAAAGGUGCCACCUCACUGGAUGUAGACCCUUCAGGGAGGUUAGUAGCAAUUGCCGGUAACGAAAACUCGGUUGUUGUGGUGACACUAAGAAACUUACGCGUUGUGAAAUUCAUGAAGCAGGUGCAUAGCUUUGCAAUCACAAGACUAGUCUUUUCUCCAGAUUCAAAACUCUUGGCCUCUGUAUCUGCAGCUAAUACCGUUCACAUUCUAAAAAUUCCACCAACUCUUGCCACAUCUCAAUCACUGAUGGAAUCUACUAUGGUGUUCUUCACAAAUGCAAUCAUAGUGGCUAUUGUUGCGGCAUUAGCCUAUUAUGGCAAGGAACAUAACCUACAUAUCAAGGCAUUGCAUUUCGCUCAAACUCAGUACAAAAAGCUAACAGAAAAGAACGAUUCCUCAAAUUACUUUGUAUUACACGAGUAUCCAGAACAAACAACUCUUGUUGGUGCCGUUCAUACAUCUCAUACACCUUCCUUAUCUUACAAAGAAACCACAAUAUCCUUUUCACCAGAAAUGACCGUGGGUCCCCAUCAAACAUCUGCUGACGACUUUAUUUCUUAUACGACCGACUCGUCGAUCAUCGAUAUAAAUACCACUUUGAAUCAGUUGUCAAACGAGGAAGAUGUUUCUAAAGAUAACACUGAACAGGCGUCUUCCACAAUUCUUGCAAACUCUGCUGAAAAAUCUUCUGAACCAUCUCUUAGUUCAAGUUCAACCACAAGUAUCUCUACGGGAAAGGUAAAAAAGGAAGAGAAACUUAUUGGAUCUUCUUCAGCAGCCAAAGACAGUGCAGUUAAAAAAGCUUCUUCCUCUGAAGAGUCCGAUCAGGAAGAUACUGUCACUUUGGUUGUGGAGUCGGCAAAAAAAUCGACAGAGAUAGAUUUAACCCCAACUCCUAGUCAAUUCAAUGCCACUGAUAUAGAAAAAAGGGAAGAGACUGUCGCACACGAAGUUGUUUCUCAGAAAAAAACUGACGAUGAUAAGAGUUCUCCUGAUACUGAAAACACUAUUAAUGAUGACCUGGCUAAUGCUGAUGAAGAUAUAGCACCAUCUUCUGAACCAGAAGAAAUUUCAGAAGUCGUUGUAGAUAUCCCAAUUGAAAGAACUCUAAACCUAAUAAAUGAGGAAAAUACCAUCGCAACACAACCUGUCAAUAGAUCCUCCAAGCAAGAAGAGAAUUUAACCAAAGAGAGUAACAACAACAUCGAAGUAGAAACUCCAAUCAUUAGAGCUGACAGUUCCAGCACUUCUGCGACGAAAACUUCUGUUGAAACUAAUGAUGUUGAAAACAUUUCUACAGAAAGUAGCGUUGUGGAAGCUAGUAUCGUAGAAACUACCAGCGUAGAAACUACCAGUGUCGAAACUACCAGUGUCGAAACUACCAGUGUAGAAACUACCAGUGUAGAAACUACCAGUGUCGAAACUAGUUCUGAAGAACCUAGCGCGGAAGAAAGUAGCACCAUGAAAACUACCAGCGUAGAACAUAGUACCGUGGAAACUACCAACGUACAAACAAGUACUGUGGAAGCAAGUUCUUCAGAAACUAGUGCUAUGGAAAGUAGUGCUGAGGAAAGUAGUACCGUGGAAAGUAGUGUCGAGGAAGCCAGUGCUGUAGAAAGCAAGAACUUGAAAAGUAGUACCGUGGAAAGUAGUGUUGAGGAUGCCAGUGCUUUAGAAAGCAAGACCUUGGAAAGUAGUGCUGUGGAAACAACUUCCACGGAGGCUAGCGUUGUGGAGACUAGUACUACAGACACAACAUCCACAAUGAUAUCAGAAGCUACAUCUGAUAUUUUGGAAAAGCAUGCAGAGAGCGUAUCUCCAACAGUACCAGUUACAGAUGAAAGUUUUGAAGUUGAUGAGCAAAUUGUUACUAUUACUGAGGUCGUGGCUCACGAAAUAGAAGCAGAGUCUUCUGUAACUGGGCAAUUGUUAUCAGGAUCUGUAAACUCGAUGAUCAGUGAAAUGUCGGAGGCAUUGACCCCAUCUCAAGAAGAUAUUACUUCAAUAAUCAUCGAAGAUGAAUAUUCAUUGCAAUCUACAACUACCCAGUCACCAACUAACAAAAUUACAGAUAGCCUGGAAUCAUCUGAAGAGGACUUUAUCGAUUCUAGUGCUUCAACAUUGGACCUUGAUGCAUCAUCAACCCUAGAAGGAGAUAUUGAGGCAGAAACCGUAACGAAAACCGAAACUGAAACGGCGAAAGCAUCAGAGGUGUACAUUCAGGAUGAAUUAUAG